AUGCCUGGUAGUAACCCUAUCCGCAAAAAGCAAAGUGAGGUGAUCAUCCGUGCCACCCGGAUGCCCUCGUCGUCCCCGCCGCCUCUGCCGGGCUUGACAAGCGGGUCGGAGUCUCCGUCGAUCUCGUCGGUGGAGACGAGGUCUGAUGGCGGGUCGGAUGGGAUGUUUGGGUCUGCGUCUGCGGCUGUGGCUGAACGGAGACUUGGUCCUGCCUUUGUUGCGAGAGUCGAGCGGGAUGUCGGAGGUGAGGUCGAGGAGAAUCGAAUGACGCCCGUUAUCACGGGUGUGACUGGCGGCAGUGGUGGGCGUGCGCGCUCACAAGUAUCCUCUUCAUCGUGGAGUACGGCCGCGCCGUCGGUGAGUUCUGCGGCGCGUUCGCUGGUACAUUCAGAUAUAGAUCUGAAUGCGAAUUCGAAUGCGAUCUCGAAUUUGGAUCUAAUUCCGGCCGAGUCGGGGAUUUAUGCGUGUUUGUUCCACAUGUUGGACUGCCAUGAGGCCUUUGAUGAUGCCACGCAGUGGAGGACUCAUGUCCUGAGCCAUUUCCGUACACACCCACCACCACGAACGGCGCGAUGCCCUCUCUGUCCGGACACGGAGUUCAUCGACCAAGAACCAGUUUCAAACUCAGACCAGUCUUCCACUUUCACUGAGACAUCACCAACUGAUACUCACCCUUUCACCCCUCCACCACCGCGAACACCUCCAGCUAGCUCAUCUCAUCCAGCCGCAUCCUCCCAAGACCAAGACCAAGACCAACCGUCCGCCUGGGACAGUCUCCUCAACCACGUCGCCGCAGACCACUACCAGCACGGCCAGACGCUAGCCGGGAGUAGACCGGAUUUCGAGUUGAUGCGCUACCUGUACGGGAGGCGGAUCAUUUCAGACGCACAGUUCAAGGCGAUGCAACUUGCGCCUGCGCCGUCUAGUCCGGCGUAUCACCGCUCACAGGAUGGUGUUCGUGCUAGUAUCGGGUCUGCGGAUGAACCGUAUUGCGCGCCUUACAGUCGAAGGCGGGAAGAGAGGAUGCGUGGGCAGUCGAGGGGGGUUAGUGUGGUGUGA